AUGGACCGACAAAUUCUAUCUACUAGAGGAAAGCCAAAAUUUAGCUCAGAUGGUUUUAUUUAUGUUUUUGAUGCCCUUAGCAAAAAUGACGAUGAAAUUAGAUUUUGGAGAUGUGAGAGAAGAGACAUGUGUAAGGCAAGAAUUCACACUAAAAAUGGUGAAAUAAUAAAAAAGGUUAGCCUUCACUCUCAUGACGCAUCGGUUGUGGAUAUAGAGGUUGCCCAAAUAGUAACAACCAUUAAAAGACGAGCAGAAGAUACAAUGGAAGGAACAAUUCAGGUAGUCAACGAAUGUUUAAAUAAUACCAGUCAGGCUUCUCAAGCUCGACUUCCAAAUAAUUGCGCACUGAGGAAGACCAACAGACGAAAACGCAACGAAAUUCAAGCUGCACCGCCAAACCCUGCUAAUUUAGAAGGAUGGCGGAUACCAAAACAUUACAGGACUUAUGAAGUGUCGGAUGGCAUGGAAGAAAAUUUCCUUUUGGCGGACAAUGGAGAAGGUCCCGACAGAAUAUUGAUUUUCGGGAGAGACAGCUGGCUACAGCGUUUGCAAACUUCGCCCAUAUGGUUUGCCGAUGGUACAUUUUCAAUACCACCGCCGCUUUUUUCCCAAGUGUACACCGUAAAGGCAACUAAAAAUAAUAGGGUCCACCCUAUAUUUUAUGCCCUUUUGCCAAACAAAUCACGAGCUAUUUAUAGCCGUAUGUUCGAUCUAAUAAAGAAUUUGAAGCCAAAUCUGAGCCCUACUGCGAUCCAUUGCGACUUUGAGCAGGCAGCAUUCGCAGCCAUGGAAGAUUGUUUCCCAGGAGUAAAUAUCAACGGAUGCUUCUUCCACUUAGCGCAAAACAUGAAUAAGCAUGUGGCAGAGUUAGGCUAUCUUACAGAAUACAAUAACGACGCCAAAUUUGCCUUAAAUUGUAAGAUGGUGACAUCCUUGGCACUCGUUACAGUUCGUCAUUUAGAUCAGGCCAUUGAUCUGUUGGGAAACGCUUUACCUGUUGCGCUUCAACCACUGUUCGAAGACAAUUACGCAGGACCUAUGAACAGACGAGGAGAUGUUAGACGCCUUCCAUUAUUUCCCCAGGAGAUGUGGAAUCUCUAUCAAAGUACGAUGAAUAGGGAGGAUCGAACCAACAAUUACGAGGAGGCAGCACACAGAAGGCUUCAAACAGAAGUAGGCACACAGAAGGCUUCACAAUAUUCAAAUUUAUCGACAGCCUCCGUAAGGUGCAGAAGGGUAGGAGCGUUCACUAUGAACAAUUAG